UAACGUUGUAUCGUGAAAAGUUCAACCUGUAUAAAACGGAGAAUAGUAAAGAAUAUAAAUCUCCUGGAAUACCAAUAAUUGUACUACCUAUGUGAAGAGUAGUUUCUUGAAUAAGCUUAUUGCUCAUAUAGGUAAAAGAUCAAGGUCGCUCCGCUAGCUUAUCCAAUCUGGUUUAGUAUAACCUCCAAAAUUGCCAGUUUCAAUAGUUAGAUAAACCAUUACUGUGAAUUUUAUCUGCUACUCAUGGUGAACCUGUAAGAUCCUAAAAUCAUCAAAAUAAUGACUAUCAUCUUUAAAGAACACACAUAAAUAAUGUGCUUACUUCAACCACCACUUAAGUCUUCAGAAGCUAAUUACAAUCACAGCACCACAGUGAUUAAAGGAAAAGCUGUGAGACAACAUACUAUCGGAAAAUAUUUAAAAUAAUUUAUUCUAGGCAUCCUAGGAAGAAAGGUGUUAAGAAAUUAUGAGAAGAAACACAUCAUUGUAUCUUGUUCCAGCAGUUAUUUUUUCUUUAUUAUUGCUGCAGUAUUGUUACUACAGUAGUGACUUUAAACGAAUGUAUGCAAAUAACUUUAAAUGUGUUAUUAAUGACAUUAAACGCACACCUGAUAAUGUACCAUAUAAGAACAUCCUCUACUGGACUGGAACAUUUGGACAAGCUGAUUUCUCCUUAGGUUAUGGAAGUAAAAUAUUUGAGGGAUGUGAAGUGAGCAACUGCUUUGCUACAGACAACAGGUGCUAUCUACCUGUGGAUCAAUUUGAUGCUCUCCUCUUCCACGGAUGGGAGUAUAUUUGGGAAAUUCAAGAUAAGCCUGAGAAUAGAUCACAGGCGCAAGUCUACAUCUAUGUGAAUCAAGAGCCUCCACCUAAUACUCCCAAAUGGAUUGGAUCAGACAAUUUUUUCAAUUGGACUAUGACCUACAGAUUGGACUCGGACAUUGCGUAUACUUAUGGAAUGUACAAAAACUUUACCACUAAUUAUAAAAUGCCAACUGUGGAAGAAGUACAACAAAAGUCCCGUAAAAUAGCCUGGAUGGUUUCCAACUGCAAUCCUCCCAGUAACAGGAAAAAACUUUACGAAAAACUCAGUAAAUACUUUCCGAUAGAUGUCUAUGGCGCUUGUGGAACCAUGUCCUGUCCCAGAGAAGAUUCCAAUGGAUGUUAUGACCUCAUAGCAAGGAACUAUAAAUUCUAUUUGGCUUUCGAAAAUUCUGUCUGUGUAGAUUACGUAACAGAAAAGAUGUUUUAUUCAUUGAAAAGUGAUUUUAUACCUAUCGUAUACGGGGGUGCGAACUAUUCUAAAUUUGCGCCACCAAACUCAGUUAUAGAUGUCUCAAAAUUCAGUUCCGUAGAAGAACUAGCUAAAUAUUUAAAGUCUGUGGAUGAAGACCCAAACAAGUAUCUUUCAUAUUUUGAGUGGAAAAAACAUUACAUUGUGAAAACAGACAAAAAAAAUGCUCUGUGCGAUAUAUGUAAAAAAUUAAAUGAACCUUUAGUGCACAAGUCUUACGAUAUUGAAAAGUGGUGGAACGAUGGAAUUUGUAAAGCGGGAGAUGACUUACCUAAGAUAAUAUUCACGUGAUCUUUUAUUUAUCGGAGGACUAUAUUUUUCCAUAUAGUGAAGCAAAAAGUGACAGGCCAUUAUUGUCUAGUACCGCUGAAAUUAUAACAAAAUUAGCUUAAACAGUGUAAUAAAAACUAACAAUCCAAAGAUAUUUUUAUAUAACUAAAUGAAUAAUGGAAAGGUUAACACCAAGUGCACUCGAAAGGGAUAAUAUAUAGCGCUAAGUCCCGCACUUGAUGCAGCAAUUACUUUUACACAAUUUUAAUUUACUGUUAAUUUUCUAUUCCGCUACCUUUAUAAGUACAAAACGGUUGAAAUACUUGAUGAUAUCAAUUUAUGAUUCUUAAUAUAUGCAAAUGACAUUUUAUACUAAAUCUAAAUUUUAAAGGUAGUGACACUUUAACCUUACACGUUGUCCAAAAUACAAACAAUAAAAAUAAAAAUAUAGAAACUAUAUACAAAGACCAGGUUAAAAGAGUAUGUCUAGGUAAUUCUAGAAAUAAUAAACAUUAGUGAAUUUUAAUUUAUAUAAUGAUACUUUCCAAAUAUUUUUUUAUGACUAUGGCAAAAUAGAUUUUUUUUAAUUAUGAUUUUUUAUGAAAAUGCCUUAUCUCAACUUUGAAGCUUAAAUAGAGGUCUUUUAAAUGUAAAAUUGAGAAUUUUUACAAAUUGUUGUAUAGUUAAUUAUAUAUUAGUUAAGGCGCGUAUAAACUUGCGAGCUGAGCGGCUCAUGAGCCGCUCGCUGUGAGCAGACUGGAGUCGGUUUUUCCGGCGAGCACAAAGCUCAGUGUCAGUUUAGACAGCAAAACUACGUGCUCUCAAGUGUGGACGUGCUUUUUUAAUCAAACCAUGGCGGAUGAAGACCUGCGCCGCUUAUAACCAUCAUAGCAAACAGAGUUUCUUGUCCAAACAUCUUUCAAACGAAUACAUAAACUGAAUGGUGCGGUGGAUUUGUUCGCGAGCAAUGCGGGCUCACUUAGUACUCAUGAAAGGCUCGGGCAUUCAUUUUUUUUCAUGUGCGGCUCAUGAGUCGCUCAACUCGCAAAUAUAUACGCGGCUUUAUACCUACAUGUAUUAUUAUACUAUUAUGUGAUACUUUUUAUGUUAUUUAAGUUAUUUCUUAUAUUUUUUGAUAUGUAUUUAAAUUUCACAAAAAAAAAUAACUAGUCGUGCAGGUUAAAUAAAAUCUAAAAGUCUAAAAGUAAUGAAGAUUUUAAUAAGUCCAUAAAUUUACUAAAAAUAAAGAUGCUUUUAUUUAUUCCAUAAUUAUGUACAGCCAAACAUUCAUAAACUUUUCACGUUCAAGUUUCUCAAAAGAAAAACAAAAUUUGAUGGAUUAGCACUUUCAUUUCUAGGUAUAUUAUUCAUCCAUUGAAGAUAAAUGUAAUGGAUCUUAUAUGCCCAAUUGUAAUUAAGGAUGUUUGACUACACUUUUACGAAAAUACCCAUUAGUAAGUACAAUUAAUCGUUAUUAACAUUUUUACUGACAGAUUAUGUUGUUUGAGCUUAAAGACAAAAGUUUAAU